AUGGCUUCUAGAUUCAGUGGGGCACUACAAUUGACAGACUUAGACGAUUUUAUAACUCCCUCACAGGAAUGUAUAAAACCAGUAAAGAUUGAAAAAACGAAGAGUAAAACUGGUGCCAAAAUUAAAAUUGGUGAAGAUGGAUACUUUGAUCUGUCAAGUGGAAGAGAGCAGAAGUUACAAAAAGUUGAAAUUACAUUGGCUGACUGCUUGGCAUGUAGUGGAUGUAUAACAUCAGCUGAAAGUGUGCUAGUCACAAAACAAAGCCAAGAAGAAUUAUUGAGAGUAUUAUCAGAACGAAAGUACACUGACUCAAAGGGAGCAACAAUGGAUGUAAGUUUAGUUGUUGUGUCAAUAUCACCGCAGCCACUGUUGUCUCUUGCAUUGAGAUAUAAACUGACUGCACAGGAAGCAACUAGAAAAGUGUCAGGAUAUUUCAAGAAGCUUGGUGCUGAUUUAGUUUUGGAUAUGACGUUAGCAGAAGACUUCUCAUUAUUGGAAGCACAACAAGAGUUUCUUGAAAGGUAUAGAAAUCAACAGAAUGAUCCAUCUGGGAAAUAUCUGCCUAUGCUUGCAAGCUCUUGCCCAGGAUGGGUGUGCUAUGCAGAGAAAACUCAUGGUAGCUUCAUCCUACCAUACAUAUCCAGUACCAAGUCUCCUCAGCAGAUUCAGGGUUCCCUGGUAAAGCAGCACCUUGCAGGACGACGGGAGUUGCAGCCAUCAGCCCUUUACCAUGUGACCCUUAUGCCCUGUUAUGAUAAGAAACUUGAAGCAUCUCGAGAAGACUUCUAUAGUGAAGUAUACAACUGUCAGGAUGUUGACUGUGUUAUUACUGCGAUUGAACUAGAACAAAUGCUGUCCAGCGACGACAAAUCACUAUCCGACAUAAUGGAUGGAGAACUCGACUGGCCAUGGGACGAAAGUGACGCCAAAGGGAUCAAGGGACAUAUAGGGUCUGGUUCUGGGGGCUACAGUGAUGCCGUGUUCUUACAUGCGGCCGAUCAGCUUUUUGGUGCCACCGACCCACCAUUGGAGUAUAAAAACUUAAGGAACCCGGACUUCCGAGAAGCAUCGUUAGAAAAGGACGGUAAAGAAGUGUUAAAGUUUGCGAUCGCAAAUGGCUUCCGUAACAUUCAGAACCUGGUGCAAAAGCUGAAGCGGGGAAAGUCACCGUAUCACUAUGUAGAAGUUAUGGCUUGUCCAUCAGGUUGUCUAAAUGGCGGUGCCCAAAUCCGUCCUUAUCAAGGGGAAAGUACGCGGGAAUUGGUUGGGCAAUUAUACACAAUGUACCGUGAAUUACCUCAAAGCGAGGACGAGAAUCAAACAGUUUCUCGAUUGUAUAACGAAUGGCUGUCAGGAAAACAUUCGGAUAAAGCCCGCGCCAUGUUACAUACGCAGUACCACGCUUUGGAAAAGAGCGAUGUAGCUUUAAAUAUUAAGUGGUAA